UGCAUGAACAGUUCACAUUCAUAAGAGCGGACGUAAGUGGUCAGUUAUACAGUUACAAUGUUUGUUUAUAUUUCAUAUUGCUGACAGGACACGAUAAGAGCUUUAUUUUAUGUCAGACUACGCGGUUAAACAAGGCCUCACACAAGCCUGCGGUUUUCCUGCUGUGAGUAAGCCGAAAGCAGCGUCCUCGUUCGGUGUUGCAGUCCGGGUUUCCACGCUAAACGCCGGUGCUUGCCUCUUCAGCUGAUUAAGUGCAUGAGCGACAUCUGCCGGAUCAAUUGAUCAUGUCAGGAGUGUGUGGUUGCUGUGGAGCACUGAGGCCUCGCUACAAAAGGCUGGUGGACAACAUCUUCCCAGAAGACCCAGAGGAUGGGUUGGUGAAGGCUAACAUGGAAAAACUGACCUUCUACGCCCUGUCAGCUCCAGAGAAAUUAGACCGUAUCGGUGCAUAUCUCUCUGAGAGACUGUCCCGUGACGUAGCCAGACACAGAUAUGGGUAUGUGUGUAUUGCAAUGGAAGCUCUUGACCAGCUGUUAAUGGCCUGCCAUUGUCAGAGUAUCAACCUGUUUGUGGAGAGUUUUCUCAAGAUGGUACGGAAACUUUUGGAAUCCGACAAGGCCAAUCUUCAAAUCCUGGGCACAAACUCGUUUGUGAAGUUUGCCAACAUCGAGGAGGACACCCCAUCAUACCAUCGCAGUUACGAUUUCUUCGUGUCACGAUUUAGUGAGAUGUGCCAUUCCAGCCACGAGGACCCUGACAUUCGCACAAAAAUCCGAAUGGCGGGCAUUAAAGGUCUGCAGGGAAUAGUGAGGAAGACUGUGAACGAUGAGUUACAAGCAAACAUCUGGGACCCUCACCAUAUGGACAAGAUCGUCCCCUCUCUUCUUUUUAACCUGCAGUCCGGAGAUGGCACAGAAAGUCGCUCACCUUCCCCACUGCAGGCCAGUGAGAAGGAGAAGGAAAGCCCAGCUGAGCUGACUGAGCGCUGCUUUCGGGAACUGCUGGGCCGUGCCGCGUAUGGCAACAUCAAGAACGCAGUGACCCCAGUGCUUAUGCAUCUUGAUAAUCAUUCACUGUGGGAAGGCAAAACAUUCGCAGUGCGUUGCUUCAAGAUCAUCAUGUACUCUAUUCAGUCACAGCAUUCUCAUCUGGUCAUCCAGCAAGUCUUGGGACAUCUAGAUGCCAACAGUAAGAGCUCAGCCACAGUGCGUGCUGGGAUUGUAGAAGUCCUCCUGGAGGUUGCUGCUAUCGCUGCUAGUGGUUCUGUUGGUCCCACAGUUUUGGAGGUCUUUAACACUUUGCUCAGGCAUCUGAGGCUCAGUGUGGACUACGAGUUGACGGGAUCUUAUGACUCCACCAACAUCGGCACCAAGAUCAUCAAAGAGCACGAGGAGAGACAAUUUCAAGAAGCUGUCAUUAGGACUAUUGGCUCUUUUGCGAACACGUUACCCACGUAUCAACGCUCUGAGGUAAUGCUUUUCAUUAUGGGGAAGAUCCCAAUUCCAGGCCUUCAUCCCACACUGCCCCCUACAGGCUCAGGGCCUCACCGGAUGAUUCAAGUCAUGCUGUUGAAGUCACUAAGACAGGUCACAUGUGGUUUCCAGACCACUAACAUGUUGACAGCGCUACCUAACUCCUUUCUGGAUCCACUGCUGUCAUUUGGGCUGCUAGAAGAUGCAGAGAGUCGCCUGCUGGUGCUAGAAAUUCUUGUCAGUGUAAUUGAUCGUCAUGACAACCUGCCCAAGUUUUCCACUAUAAGUAUCAUCUCUGACAUCUCUGUGCUUAAACUAAAAGUGGACAAGUGCUCACGCCAAGACAACCUCUUUAUGAAGAAGCAUGCUCAGCACCUGUACAGACACAUUUACCUGUGCUGUAAGGAAGAGAGCAGCACACAGGCGCACUUUGAGAAGCUGUACUCUCUGCUGGCUCUCAUCAGUAUGGAGCUGGCCAAUGAAGAGGUGGUGGUGGACCUCGUCCGGGUGUCUCUCGCUCUGCAGGAUUUGGCUCUGAGCGGUGAGGAGAUGUUACCAGUGUAUAACCGCUGUGCUGUCCACGCCCUCUCCGCUGCAUACCUCAAUCUUAUCAGCCAGCUUACGACUGUACCAGCCUUCUGCCAGCACGUACAUGAGGUUAUUGAAAUGAGAUUAAAAGAAAGCCCUCACCUUUUACCUGAAGAUGUCUUCAUUGAAAACCCCAAGAUUCCCAAGACGGUGGAAAAGUUGGAAGGGGAUGUGCUUUUCCAGCAGGCGAAGAUCACAGAGGUUCUUGGAGGAAGUGGCUAUAACACAGACAGACUGGCCACACCUUAUGUCCCACAGUUUACAGAUGACGAUCGACUGUCAAAGAGAAAGAGUGUUGGAGAAACAAUAUCCCUUCAGGUGGAGGUCGAAUCCAGAAACAGUCCAGAGAAAGAAGAGCGAACACCAGCUGAAGAAAUCACAUUUGAAACACUAAAAAACGCCAUUGUGGACAGCGUUGGUGUGGAGGAACAGGAGAAGGAACGCAGAAGACAGGUGGUUGAGAAAUUUCAGAAAGCCCCCUUCGAAGAAAUAGCUGCCCACUGUGGUGCCAGAGCUACAAUGCUGCAGAGCAAACUUAAUCAGAUCUUCGAAAUCACAAUCAGGCCUCCUCCCAGUCCAUCUGGCACCAUCACAUCAAGUUACGGCCAAACCCAGAGUCGCUCCAUCCCCGUUUAUGAGAUGAAGUUCCCAGACUUGUGCGUUUACUAGCGCAGCUCAACUCAGGAUUCAGAAAGCUUCAGAUAUCUCCGAGAGAUCCAAGUAUUGAACUGUUUUGAUGUUUUGAAGGCAGAUUUGAUGGCCCCUUUUUAACCCCUACGUCUUAUUGGCUGUGAUAUAUCCUGUCUACACUGUGACUGCUGUAGACACCUGAUCUUCUCAUUUUUGGUUUGCGUUUUCCCUGAUUGCAGAUGUUACCAAGAUAUUCUUGAUGAUAUUCUGGUCCUCUACAACAAUAGUAGCUUAGAUAGAUAUGGGUUUUGAGCAAAUAUUUCUGCGAAAUCCCAGCUCAACAGUUGCACAAUUGGGUGAAUCUCCUGUCAAUAAUAUGUCUGGGGUCAUAUUUUACUUCAAAGUCAAAAUUUUGGUAAAAGUUAAAGGAACACUCCACUUUUUUGAAAAUAGGCUCAUUUUUCAGCUCCCUCUAGAGUUAAACGUUUUAGUUUUACCGUUAAGCAAUCUCCGGGUCUGGCACUAGCACUUUUAGCAUAGCUUAGCAUAAUCCAUUGAAUCUGAUUAGACCAUUAGCAUCGCGCUCAAAUA